CUGAAUCCGGGUGUUUGUUUUGCUGCUGUACUUUAAUGAUUUAAGAAAUGCGAUUUGGCAUCACGUUCAGCAUCCUUCGAGGGUGCGUCCACUACUGGAAAAAUGGAGCGAACUACUGUCACAGAUGGAGGUUUCAGUGGAAAAGAGACUACAGCUUUUUGCCAGAUGAUGUCAAGUCGCCUCGAGCUGUGCUCAAUCCAGACAUUUCCAAAAUUCGGAACAUUGGUAUCAUGGCCCACAUUGAUGCAGGGAAAACUACAACAACAGAGCGAAUGCUUUAUUACUCUGGCUAUACACGUGCUCUUGGAGAUGUAGAUGAUGGAGACACAGUCACUGACUACAUGGCUCAGGAAAGAGAGAGAGGCAUCACCAUCCAAUCAGCUGCUGUCACCUUUGACUGGAGAGAACACAGAAUUAACCUCAUAGACACACCAGGUCAUGUAGACUUUACCCUGGAGGUGGAAAGAGCUCUGAGAGUGUUGGAUGGAGCAGUAGCAGUGUUUGAUGCUUCAGCAGGAGUAGAGGCUCAAACUGUGACAGUUUGGCGACAAGCUGAGAAACAUAAAAUUCCGUGUGUGUGCUUCUUAAACAAGAUGGACAAGCCAGCAGCCAGUUUGAGUUAUUCUGUUGAGAGCAUAAAGGAGAAACUGCGAGCCAACCCAGUCCUCCUUCAGCUUCCCGUUGGCAGCGGCAAAAGCUUCACAGGAGUGGUUGAUCUGAUCACGAAGCAGCAAAUGACGUGGCAUGUGAAAUCACGAGCGGAAGACGGUCGUGUGUUUGACACCCGACCUCUUGACCCCUCUGAUGACCCUGAGCUGUUCAGAGAGGCCAGUGAAGCCAGGGCAGCACUUAUAGAGCAGGUGGCUGAUUUGGAUGAUGAGUUUGCAGAGUUGCUGCUGGGAGAAUUCAGUGACCACUUUGAUGCUGUUCCACCUGGAAAAUUGCAGGAGGCGGUGCGUAGAGUGACGUUAUCUCGUAAAGGUGUUCCUGUGCUGUGUGGAAGCGCUUUGAGGAAUAAAGGGGUCCAGCCAUUACUGGACGCCAUCACGGCUUAUCUUCCUGCUCCCAGUGAGAGACAUCACGACCUGGUGCGCUGGUAUAAGGAUGACCUGUGUGCACUGGCGUUUAAGGUGGUCCAUGAUAAACAAAAGGGUCCUAUGGUGUUUGUGAGGAUCUACUCUGGCUUAAUGAAGCCCCAGACUGCUUUACACAACAUUAACAGAGACAAAACGGAAAGAAUGAGUCGACUGCUGCUGCCGUUCGCAGAUCAUCACGUUGAGAUACCAUCUCUGACUGCGGGAAAUAUCGCCCUGACGGUUGGACUCAAACAGACGGUGACAGGCGACACGAUUGUGUCGUCCAAAGCCUCAGCAGCUGCAGCAGCACGGCGUGCCCAGAAAGAAGCAAAAACAGCCAGGGCUUCAGGCAAAGAGACAGCCAGUCUGGUGCUGGCAGGGGUGGAGGUGCCUGAACCUGUGUUCUUUUGUUCCAUUGAACCGCCAUCCAUGGCCAAACAAGCAGACCUUGAGCAUGCAUUGACCUGCCUGCAGAGGGAGGACCCCAGUCUAAAAGUUCGAACUGACCCAGAUUCAGGGCAGAUGGUACUGUGUGGGAUGGGCGAGCUGCACAUUGAGAUUAUACACGAUCGUAUCAGGAGAGAAUACGGCAUCGAGACCCACCUGGGACCCUUACAGGUGGCCUAUAGAGAGACCAUCCUCCAAUCAGCAUCCACCACAGACACCCUAGAUCGUACACUGGGUGAAAGAAGGCACAUUGUUACUGUGGAGUUAACUGUGAUGCCAUUGGUGGAAUCUGCUGCUGGUACUUCCUGUGACAUUGCUUAUGAGGAGGAAGUGGAGGGCCACCUUUCUGCUGAUGUCAAAGAGGCAGUGGAUAAUGGUGUACAGAGCUCUUAUCUCCAAGGCCCUGUGUUGGGUUAUCCUGUACAGGGUGUGAGCACUCUGAUCCACAGUGUGAGGAUGGAACCUGGAACAUCACUGGCUAUGGUCUCUGCCUGUGUCAGUCGCUGCAUGCUCAAGGCUCUGAAGCAGGCAGGGGGGCAGGUGUUGGAACCUGUUAUGUCAGCAGAGGUCACUGUAGGGGAGGAACAUCUGAGUACUGUUCUGGCUGAUCUCGCCCAACGACGCGGCGCUGUACGAGACAUACAGAGUCGUCAUGACAACAAGGUCCUCAUAGCAACCGUACCUUUGGCAGAGAUGAUGGGUUACUCCACUGUGCUGCGAACUUUGACCUCAGGAAAUGCCACAUUCUCCCUCCAGCUGUCCAGCUACGAGGCCAUGAACCCUCAGGACCAGAAUGCACUGCUAAACAAGAUGGCAGGACUCACUUAAUAUCAUGUUUCCCACAUACACGUGAUUGGUCAGAUCACAGACUCAGAUGCCUGUGGUCUGUUCAAUAACUGAAAACGUCUGGACCAUUAAAGAUGUGCUGCAGACAGUUAAACACAUGUUCUUUUUUUUUCUGAAAUGUAACUAAAUCUAAG